UGGGCGCUCGAUGAGUGCCCCCUAGUGGGGAAACGGCGCGGAACACAGCAGCAUUGCGGUGAGCGCCUGUCUUCGGCGACCAUUUAUGGAGCGCCCGGUGUGUGCCUGGCACUGCGCUGGGUGCUGCUCCCUAAGCGAGCACGACCAGUGCAGCCCAUGGGGGAACUCCUGACCGCCGAGGAGCCGGCCUCUGUCCGCCACGGCGACCGCGACGCCCAGCACGCCGCCCAGCGCACGGUGGGCGCUCAUUAAACGUCAGGGGGUCGGAUGACGGCGUAGACACGGCGCCGGGACCCACUGGGGGCGCUGUGGGAGCGCUCGGCGGGGCGGGGCGCGCUGAUGGCGGCAGCGGGCACCGGGUCUGGGUCGGGGGCGCCCCCGGGGCUGGAGGCGACCCGGCAGAAGCUCGCGCUGCGGCGCAAGAAGGUGCUGAGCGCCGAGGAGAUGGAGCUGUACGAACUGGCGCAGGCGGCGGGCGGCGCCAUCGACCCCGACGUGUUCAAGAUCUUGGUGGACCUGCUCAAGCUGAACGUGGCCCCCCUUGCCGUGUUCCAGAUGCUCAAAUCCAUGUGCGCCGGGCAGAGGCUGGCGAGCGAGCCCCAGGACCCUGCGGCCGUUUCUCUGCCCGCGGCGAGCGUGUCUGAGACCCGAGAGGCCUCCUUUCUCUCUGCCAGGGGCAGCAGCCCCCCUGCAAGGCCCUCCCUUUCCUCGGGCCCACGGCCUGCGGCCUCUCCGGUUCUGCUCCAGGGCCCAGCUGCCGCGCACUCGCCUCUCUCUCCAGGGCCCCCCGGUUCCCUCCGCUUCUCUUGCUGCCUGUUCUCUCCUUUCGCAGGGAGAAACAAAGGCAGCGCCACGCUCAGUGGAGUGCCAGGCCUGGCAGAACGCAGCGGUCGGGAAGGACCCAGCCAGAGGGCGCCCCGCCAGCCCAGUGCCACCAGGCUGCCCAAGGGGGGCGGGCCUGGCAAGAGCCCCACCCGGAACAGCUCCUAGGACUGGCAGAGACUUGGCGCACACAGGCCUGCUGAGGGCUCCCCUUCCUCCCAGCAACGGCUACAUGUUGUUUCCUUCAGUUGGUAAUAAACCUUUCUGAAAAGCG